GUCAAGUAAGGAAUAAUUUCUUUAAUUUAUCCUCAAAAAAGUUUUUGUUAUGUUUAGAACGAACUUGUUAAUGUUAAAUCUAGGUUCACUUUUACUCUCAUUGAAUAAGAGCUGGAUUCAACAACAAGAUAGAUACAAAGAAAUUUGGAACAAUUCUGGAGAGGAAAGAAUUUAUGAUUGGAUAUGGGACUUAAUUGCUCAAGAUAUAAGAUUAUGGUGUUCAUCACAAUAAGGAAUAAUGUUAAGCCUUUCAUUUUGGCUUCGAAGACGAACCACAAAUACUUUAGAAUUGGUUGGACUUUAAUUGAUGCAAUCUAGGAGCUUAAAUCGUACUCUUUGAGGUUAUAAGCUUGUUCUGAAAUCAGUUAAGUCUCUUGGAGAUAAAAAAAAUGAUGGACCCCAAUGAUGUUGGAUGCAAAGAUGGAAAUAAUUUAUGAGUCAGAGAUGGCAAAGAAAACUCUCUAAGGUUGAAACUUCUUUUGUGGUUGGAGAAUCAUGAAACCUCCAAUGCACGGCUAAAAUAGAAACACAUAUGCAUCAAACGCGCAGUUUCAUCCAAAUUAGUGAAGAAUUAAAGAAGAUAUGAAUAAAAUAAUGUUGAAUUUUUGAGUGGUUCGAAAGAAAUCCGUUAGAUGGCGUUCUCGUAAUUAAAAAAGAUUUGAAAUUAUUUUAAGGGAAGAAAUGGCGCGAAAUCCACCAACUAAUCAGGAGCGGGGGUUAAAAAUAGAAGGAAGAAAUUUUUUUGGAGAGGGGGUAAGGGUAUAUAAGAAGAGGAAAACGUUGAACCAAGAUCAGUUUAAUUUAGUAAGCGUUAGAACACGGUUGAAUUUUGAUCAAAAAUCUAACCUAAAAUAGUUAUUAUUAUUAUUAAUCUGAGGAGAAAUUACCUGUGUUUCGGAUUCCUGUCCAUUUUCCAUUCCUAAGAGAGACCUUCAAUCGAAUUGAGUUACAACAUAAUUUAAAAGAUUGGAGAUGGGACUUAAUUGCUCAAUAUACAAGAUUAUGGUGUUCAUCACAAUAGGGAAUAAUGUUAAGCCUUUCAUUUUGGCUUCGAAGACGAACCACAAAUACUUUAGGAUUGGUUGGACUUUAAUUGAUGCGAUCUAGGAGCUUAAAUUGUACUCUUUGAAGUUAUAAACUUAUUCUGAAAUCAGUUAAGUCUCUUGGGGACAAAGAAAAUGAUGGAACCCCAAGGACAUUUUAUGCAGAAAUGAGAUAAUUUAUGAGUCGGAGAUGGCAAAAAAAACUCUCUAAGCAAUUAAUAUCAAGCCUGCAGGAGAAGAGGUAUGAUAAAAACGCAGCUAAAAACUCCACACACAAUGAUACCCGAUUAAAUUACGGAAUUUUGCCGUAUCUUUUAUCGUUAGGAGCGCUUUUAACGACCCCGCUUAAACAGGAGGAGCGUAAAGAAGUGUUUUCCGAGAAAAGUGGUCCAUUUAAAACCGUUUUUCAAUGGAGCCAAAUCGAUUUUCUUUUCGAAAGCGAGGUGCAUCGAAAUUCCGUUUUGGCGAGUGGAAAUUUUAUUCAAGAAAAUAAUCUCCCACUUGGUAUUGAAGUUUAUAAGAAUCGGAUUUUUAUUUCAUUACCGGUUUGGAAAAGCGGCGUUCCUGCUACUUUAACAGUGUUACCAACGGAUUCUUUGGAGAAAUCGCCUUUAUUGGUUCCUUAUCCUAAUUGGUCGUGGCAUAACACAGGUUCUUGUAAUCGUCUAACAUCGGUUUUUCGCAUGCAAGCUGAUGUAUGCGAUCGAUUAUGGGUUUUAGACUCUGGUCAAAUCAACGUAGCAACGGAAUCUCAACAAGUUUGCCCCCCUUCGAUAUUAAUCUUCGAUCUUUCAACAGACAAAUUAAUUUUGAAAUACGAUUUACCCCAAGAACUAGUAAAACAAGAUAGUUUAUACUCAAACAUUUUAAUUGACGUUCAAAAAGAUGAUUGCUCCUCAGCCCACGCUUAUUUAGCCGAUGUUUGGCGAUUUGGCUUAGUCGUUUUUAACCUAAAAACGUUAAAAGCUUGGCGAGUAACCGAUCAUUUAUUUUUCCCCGAUCCUUUAGCCGCUGCUUAUAAAGUAAACGGAUUAGAAUUCGAAUGGACCGACGGGAUUUUUGGACUAGCUUUAAGCCCUUUUAAUAAAUACUCGAUAGAUAGGACGUUGUAUUUUAAUCCGAUGUCGAGUUUUAGGGAAUUUUACACCAAAACCUCAAUCAUUCGUAACGAAACUGGAUGGAGUUCGUAUAAAGACGCCUUUAAAGUUUACGGACAAAGUCGAGGUAAAAACGGGCAAGCCUCGUCUUGUGCUAUGGAUAGAAACGGAGUUUUAUUCUUUGGAUUAGUCACUCAGAACGCGCUGGGUUGUUGGGAUUCCAGAAAAACUUAUAAACGAAAAAAUUUAGCGAUAAUCGCUCAAAACGAUUACACAAUGGUGUUCCCGAACGACGUCAAAGUCGAUAAUGAACCGAAACAAAGCGUUUGGAUGAUUACGAAUCGAUUACCGUUCUUUAUUUACAACCGUUUUGAACCUAAAGAUGUUAACUUUCGGGUUUUGUCCGCUUACGCUGAGGAAAUGGUCAAAGGAACGAUUUGCGACCCGAAAGUGAGACAUAGCGGGUCUUACACCAAUGAUUACAACGAAUGCUUUUAAAUACAUACAUUUAUUUAUAUUAAUAAAUAAAAAAUUGUUUAUAAUUAAUCGCAUAAACAUAGUUCACGAACAAUUUUAUUAUAACUAUUUUGAAUUUUUAGUUAUAAAGCUCAAAAACUCAAAAAAAACUCAAAAACUAGAAAUGUUAUAAGAAAAUGUUGUGGAUGAAAAUUGUUCGUAAUAAACCAACGAAAUAUAAUCCAUGAA